UGGCUGAUGUGGCACCAGAUUCAAGUAGAAAUGGGUAGUCAUACACAAGUUCCUAAAACUCCUCUUUGAACCUCUUUUGCUUUCCUGAGUGCACACUUAAUCAUUGUAUCUUUCUUAUAAAUCUUUUCAUUUGACGACAGAACAAUCAUAACCACGACAAGCAGAAUGAAAUAUCUUGUUUUAGGGCUUGCGAUAUUUUGUUCCCUUGAAUUGGCUAAAGCGAGCGUAGAGCAACACAAAGAUAACUUAUACAAUCACGAUCACUAUACGGACUCGCACCUACACGAUGUUCGCUACGAUCAUGACGCGUUCCUCGGGCCGGAGGCAGACAAGUGGGAAAACUUCCCGCCCGAAGAAUCCAAACAAAAGCUCAAGAUCAUCGUGGAGACUAAAAUAGACGUGAAUAAGGACGGUAAAGUGAGUUUGCAGGAGCUGGAAGUGUGGAUUGACAAACAGCGAAAAGCUUUUAUGUACGAAGCAGUGGAAGAGAAUAUCAAGAAAGAGGACAAAGAUGGCGAUGGAAAGAUAUCAUGGGAAGAAUACAAAGUGGUGUAUUUCGGUGAAUUCAAUAGCAGCAACUUACCGAAUGACCAUAAUCUGCGCAAGCAAAUUCGCAAAGCGCAGCACAAAUUCAACCUCGCGGACGAGGACAAAGACGGCAAGAUGGACGAGGAGGAGUACGUGAACUUUCAGCAUCCGGAAGAGAGUAAGCACAUGGAGGAGCUAGCGGUAGACGAAGUGUUGGAAGACGUUGAUCAGGAUGGGGACAGGUUGAUAACAGUAGAAGAAUUCCUUGGCCAGUACGGGGAUGAGGUCCCUGGAUGGGUGGAGAAGGAGCGCGAGGACUUCGCAAAACAGUUUGAUAAGAAUAAAGACGGCAAGCUGGACAGGGAGGAGGUGAGAGCCUGGGUACUACCAGAGAAAGGCGAGUCGUUGGACGAGGCAAAGCAUUUGAUUGACGGCUCAGACGAGAACGCCGACGGCGAUCUGCAGCUUGAUGAGAUACUUCUGCACUGGGAUCUGUUUGUGGGCAGCAAAGCCACGGACCACGGCGAGACGUUGAGAAAGAUGAAGCACGACGAGUUCUGAGCAUGGGCACUCGAAAACACGUGAUCAAUGAUGUAAAGAGCUUUGCCCUGAAUCUUCAAAUUCAAUUUGUUUCGUUUUUUUUUUCUCACAUUCGUCAAACAAUAUUUAAUUUAGACGCAAAUCAAUGUUUUAAUAGAAUUGCUAUAUUCUCACACAGUUUAGUUGCUUUUAACCCAUUGACUCCUGGCUAUUUUCGAGCAGAAUUUACAAAAAAAACAGACUAACAACAGAUACCUCUUAAGCUCUUGUAAUAUCUGAUAGAAGCUGUCUACCUGUUGCUUUCUGUUUGUUGCUGUUGUUUUGAGCUUAUGUUUUAAACAAAGGGGGUAAAAAUGAGACAAAAAAUGAGAUCAUAUUUCCAUUUUUUCUUCUCGAUGCUUUUUAUAGAGUAGAUUAAGUUAAUCUAUUUCUUAAAUUCCUUCGUGACAUCUAAGGAGCAUUUGUUUGUUAUUUCAUUCUGUUGUUGUUUUGUUAAAAAUGAUAAAAAACAAGUCACUA